GGUCCUGGAUUGGAGAUAUCCUGGGGAGAGGAAACCCAGGCCCUGGCUCCAUGGGAGAGAGAGGUUGGCCAAUUCAUUACACAAGCAAAUGUAAAAUUACUCCGAUGAUAAAUGCUAAGAGGCAGAAACUCCUUGUGUUCACUAGGUGCAGAGUAGGGGCACUGGAUCUAUCCUGGGAAGUCAGAAAGGACUUCUUGGAGAAGUUGCCAUCCAAGGAUGAGAACAAGGAAACUAGGAGAGCAGAGGAAGACCAUUCCAGGCAGUGCAACUGCACGUGAAAAGGUCCUGUGGUUCAGCUUUCCUCCUCUGUCCCUCUGGGUCUCCAAGAAUCUCACCCCAGAGUUCAGAUUGAACUGAGCCUUUGGCUUGUCUGCUGACCUUCUCAGCGGCCCUCCAGGCAGUCAUGGAUGUGGAUCUCUUGGCCCUGGAGGUACCCCAGAGUCGCAGCAAGAUCCUGCACAGAGCGCAGGGCCGGGGCCCUGCUGUGCGUCGCCAGAGGGAGUUCAUGCCGGAAGAGAAGAAGGACACGGUUUACUGGGAGAAGCGGAGGAAGAACAACGAAGCGGCCAAGAGAUCCCGGGAGAAGCGGCGUCUCAAUGACGCGGCCCUCGAAGGCAGGCUGGCCGCCUUGCUCGAGGAGAACGCUCUGCUCAGGGCUGAGCUGCGGGCGCUCAAGCAUCGUUUUGGCCUCCUGCCCUCCAUUGGUGGUACCCGGACCCUGCCCACUCUGCUAUGGGAAGCCCCCUGGACUGGAGACCCCUGCUCAAGGGCUGAACAGCACCUGUCUCUUCCUGGCUCCCAUGGCUGCCUCUUGAGACCGUGUUCCCUGGACGCUGGGGUUCCAGGAUGUUGGGGCUGCCUGGUGGCUCACAAGCGGGCUGGCCAGGCCACUUCCCCCAGAUCCCUCCAGGACCCCACACCCUCUGCCCCCAAGAAAAUGGACAUGGCUUUGCAGGCUGCCCUUCCAGCUGCCUUCUUCAGCUGUCACCUCCUGGAUAGGCAUGGGGGGCCCAGACCAGAGCUCAGGCCCUGCUGGGGGCUGUGGUCACCUGUGCCCACUGGUUGCUGGGUCUCAGGGCCCUCAGAUGUGUUACUGACACCCAGUGCUGAUCCCUUGGGGUUACCUGCUGGGGUGGCCUGUCCUGUUCCAGGGAAUGAUCCAGAGAGUCUGGCACAGCCCUCCCUGCCCCACAAAUUGCGUAUCAAGUCCCGAGCCUCAGGCAGAGUACCUCGAUGUUGGGAGGGUGGCCGGGGCCCCAUCUGAGGUAGUAGUUGGUACUGAGUGUGGGUUUGUCUGGGGGUAUGAGUGGCUUGACCUUGACCCAGCUCCCAGACUGGGCAAGGCCUGCGGGAGGUAGGGGGCACCCUGUCUGGGGGUAGGAUCCACUUCUCAGGGUUCAGACCAUUCUUUUACGAGGAGAGACUGGGGUACUUUAUCAUACCAUGGCUUCUAUCCUGCCUAAAAUAUUUACUUUGGGUAGUCACUUUUUCUUCCUUCCU